GUCAUGCAUACCUCCCUCUUUAUCUGCCGGAGAAUGCACUUAUACCUUUUUGGGACCACUAUAUCCUAAUAAGCCGGUUCUCCCUCACCCUGAAAUGAGAGGUGGUGUUAUCCUCUCUUUGUGACCUACAUAAAUCUUCGCAGUUAGCACUCGAAGUCGUUGCGCUCUUUCUUCCUACUAAGCUGCAUUAUACUUCUUCCAAACUUGAUUGAAAAUGGCUGUGAGUAGUGAGUUUGGGACUCUCGCGGAGACUACCGUACCCAAUGCAUAUGACAUGCCCCCCGACGAGGAAAAGAAGCAACCUCUCGAUGAUGCUCCAGAGGAGGACCCUUUCGGUAAUGAAGAGUGUGCAGAAGUCAAAUAUCGCACACUGGGUUGGUGGCGCUGUGGAAUACUCAUGGUGGCAGAGAACGUAUCGAUAGGGAUUCUAUCUCUUCCCUCUGCUGUUGCAACCUUAGGGCUAGUCCCCUCGAUUAUUCUGAUGAUCGGUGUAUCGUUCAUUGCAUGGUACACGGCGUACCUCAUCUAUCAGUUCAAGAUGCGAUACCUCCACAUUCAUAGCAUGGCAGAUGCCGGCGAGGUCAUCCUAGGCCGAUUCGGGCGCGAGCUGCUGGGAGGCGGCCAGCUACUCUUCUUGGUGUUUGUGAUGGCCAGCCAUAUCCUGACUUUCACUGUUGCUAUGAAUACGAUCACCGACCAUGGUACCUGCACCAUUGUCUUCGGUAUCGUUGCGCUGGUUAUCAGCUGCAUUGGAAGUCUACCGCGGACUAUGGGAAACGUGUAUUGGAUUUCCUUCGCAUCUUUCCUCAGCAUCGCCAUCGCGGUCAUCGUGACCAUGAUUGCCGUUGGAGUGCAAAACACAGGCCACAUCCAUCUCGACGCUGUUACACACCACAGCUUCAAGACCGAGUUUCUGGCUGUCAGCAACAUUCUGUUUGCCUACGUGGGCCAUGCGUCCUUCUUCGGGUUCGUUUCGGAGAUGGAGCAACCCCGGGAAUUCCCCAAAUCCAUCGCCGUCCUCCAGAUCAUCGACACCUCGCUCUACAUCGUCAGUGCCGUCGUGAUCUACCGCUACGUGGGCGUCGACGUCGCCUCCCCAGCCCUGGGCUCGGCAGGACUCGUCAUGAAGAAAGUAGCCUACGGCCUGGCCCUCCCAACCAUCCUAAUCGCCGGCAUCGUCAACGGCCACGUCGCCGCGAAAUACGUGUAUGUCCGCCUCUUCCGGGGCACGAACCACAUGCACGAGACGACGCUGCUGUCCAAGGGAUCCUGGGUGGCCAUCGCCCUCAUCCUCUGGGUGGUCUCAUGGGUCAUUGCCGAGUCUAUCCCGAUCUUCAACGACCUGUUGAGUUUCAUCACCGCCCUCCUCGGCUGCUGGUUCGCCUUCGGAUUCCCAGCGAUCUUCUACUUCGUCCUCAACAAAGGCCACUGGUUCUCCUCGCCCUGGAAAACCUUCCUCAGCGUGAUCAACCUCUGCAUCUUGGGGAUCGCUUUCGCGACGUGCGGCCUAGGCCUCUACGUCUCCGGCGACGCGAUCAGCAGAGACAGCAAUAACUCUGUAUGGACUUGUGCCAGUAACGGGGUUUGAAGCUUGGGGAAUUUUGGGGGGAAUUGUCACGUUCGUCUAUCACUUGUUGGAUUGUUCUUGUUUUGGUUUUGUUUGCUGGAUCAAACUGGGAUAUUUGGUUUUUACCUGUUGCAUGGUGUAUGUAGUUAGGGGUUUGCGUAUAUUUGCUUGUCUGAAUCCG